GUAUUCAUAGCAGAUUUUACUGGAAGAAGCGUGCGGUGCAAGUCAAAUCUUUUGAGUGAGCAGCAUCAGUAGCUCCCACCACCCCGCUCCAACUACCGACCCCCACCCCUCAACCUCCACACCCCAUCGGAUAAUCUGCAGAAUUCUUUUGAUCCCUUUUCCAAUAACGCCAAAUAAUAACAAACGCUUCACUCAAAACAGUAUAUAAUAAAGUCGAAUAGUUGUAUCCAAACAGGCUUUUUUUUUUUUUUGGUAAAAUUUGUUUUGUCUUGAGAUUUUUUGUUGAAUGGGAGUAUAUAUUGUAGGGGGUGAUGAAGAAGUCUUUUAAAGAUUCACUUAAAGCACUUGAAGCUGAUAUUCAGCAUGCUAAUACUCUGGCUUCAGAUUAUCCAAGAGAGUAUGAUGGUGCUAGCUUUCAGAUGAGACUAUCAUACAGUCCUUGUGCCCAAUUUUUUCUGUUUCUUGUUCAGUGGACUGACUGUCACUUUGCUGGUGCUCUAGGAUUGCUUAGGAUUCUUAUUUAUAAGGCUUAUGAGGAUGGUAAGACAGGCAUGUAUAUUCACGAGAGAAAAGCUAGUAUAAAACAGUUCUAUGGUGCGUCAACUUGUGUGAUAUUUCCCUCUUUAUUGCAACUUCAAAGAGGAAUCACAGACAUUGACGAUAGGAAGCAGCGAGAGAUAUGCGCAACCAAAUACAGAAGACGUGAUGAGACGAACAAAGGUAAGCUGUCUGAAAUCGAAAUAGAGAGGGAGGAGGAAUGUGGUAUUUGCAUGGAGAUGGAUACAAAGGUCGUCUUGCCCUCCUGCAAUCACUCUUUAUGCAUGAAGUGUUACAGAAAUUGGCGUGCCCGAUCUCAGUCAUGCCCUUUCUGUCGAGACAGUCUCAAAAGGGUGAAUUCUGGAGAGCUUUGGAUCUACACCAACUUAUGUGAUAUCAAAGACUUGUCUGCUAUAAUGAGGGAAAAUAUGAAGAGGCUUCUCAUGUACAUUGAAAAAUUGCCCGUCAUCUAUCCAGAUCCAGCACUUGUCUCUUAUCAUGCUCCUCAUUAUUGAUGAUGAAAUCUGUAGGUUAGCGCCAGAAGAAACUUCUCCCGGUGCUGCUAACAAUUCAAUGAAUGAUAAUAGUCUGACCAAAAGUGUCAACUGUGACACUGAUCUAGGUAAGAAUCGUAGUUCAGACAGGCUACCAAGUAAGUGUAAGAAGGCAUUCUUUCUAUAAACAUGUAUAUGUCUAUCUCUAUUUUGUGUAUUUUUUCUUAAAAGAGAGGAGAAGCUAAUCCACCAAGUCCACUGCAGCCAUCUUUAAAAGAUUGCAAUCCAACAGAGAUAAAACCUAAUCUAGUGUUUUAUCCAUCUCAAGGUAAAUGCAAUUGGAAAAGCAAAUAGAUAAUACACGCUCUCAUUGAUGAUCAGUCACAAAGGUAAAUGCGAGCAGAAAAAUUUGUCAUAGAAGUAUCAAUUAUCAAGAGUUGGCCUCACAUCCUACAAGUAGUUUAUUUUUCUUUUCAGCUGUCAAUCUUGGAUUUUAUUUGCUCAUUCAAUAAUUUCUCUUUCCUAGUUUCACAUGAUCCGAGUGGGCAACGUCCUCCUAUAUAUAAUAAUUAGUAGUACUGAAAUUAAGUUUUACAUGAUUUGAGCUGGCAACACCUUCCUAUAAUAAUUAAUGGUAACUUACAUAAAUUUCUGCAUUUUUAAGUGAUAUAAUAUAAAAUUUUGAUUGUUUUGUUA